AUGAUUGUGUUAGAUGAUAUAUGGAGCACCAAGUUCUGGGAUGAGAUAAGGAUGUAUUUUCCAUACAACAAUAACGGGGGUCGAAUUGUGAUCACCACAAGGGAUUCUAAUGUAGCCCAACACAUUGUAAACGCCAAGAGUUUGCAUCAUAACCUGCAAUUGCUUAACAAGGCUGCAAGUUGGGAUCUACUUCGCCAAACUGUAUUUGGAGAAGAGAAUUUCCCUCUUGAAUUACAAGAGAUAGGAACUAAGAUUGCAAGGGAAUGCGGUGGGCUUCCUCUUGCAAUUCAUGUGAUAGGUGGGCUAUUGUCAAAGGUCGAAAGAUCAAUAGAUGUGUCGGAGCAGAUUUCAACAGAUGUAGAAGCUACCAUUGUUGAAUCAGAGGAGAAGUUCUCCAAUAUACUUUCCUUGAGUUAUAACCACUUACCCAUUUACUUGAAACCAUGUUUUUUAUAUGUGGGGGCCUUACCAGAAGAUCAUCAGAUUAAGGGAUCUAGACUUACAAGUCUAUGGAUAGCUGAGGGAUUUGUGAAAUCGAACGGUGAUAAGAGUUUGGAGGAAGUGGCUAAGGAUUAUUUAAAAGUUCUCGUGGAGAGGAAUCUACUUUUGGUUACACGAAAAAAGUCUAAUGGGAAAGCAAUGAGUUAUUCUAUCCAUGACCUUUUGAGGGAUUUAUGCAUAAGGAAAGCUUAUGAGGAGAAGUUUUUACACGUUAAGGAUUCAAUGCGGCGUGUGAUUGUUAAGUCAUCAUAUGGCAUGGAAGAUGUGUGUGCUUCAUCACCACAAUUAAUGUCACUUGCCCGAUCUUUUAUAUGCACUAAUGAUAAGAUUAACAUAUCUCCUGUUUUUGGCAUAUUAGGAUUAGACAGGGUGCUAGAUGUCAUGGGUAUGUUAUUGGAGGAGUUCCCAGAAGAUAUAUUACAACUUGUCAACUGCUCUUCGGGUUUCCCUGAUGGAAUAUCAAGAUUGCACAAUCUGCAAACCUUGAUUUAUCCACACUUUAUGCCCUAUGUGCCAUCUGAAUUAUGGGAUAUGCAUGAGCUAAUACAUAUUAAGUUUAAGGAGACAGUAUUCAAAAUCAGGAACAUAAAAUUUGAUCUCAAGAAGUUGCAGACGCUUUACACAGUGAGGGUUACUCCCAAGCUGAUUAGUAGUGGCUUUUUUGAAAGAAUUCCAAAUAUCAUAAGGUUGGGAAUCUAUUAUGAAGACUCACCAAACAUUGUUGUUGAUCUUAGCCAUCUUCACAAGCUCGAAAUAUUGUAUUGCAAUUCUGAACUGGAUAAAGAUGCCGAUGAGACCAACUUCCCUAAACUCCGGGAGCUGUUUGUAUGCGACUGCUAUAAGCUAGAGGAAAUCCCCAGUGCCAUUGGAGAUAUCCCAACUCUCCAAGAAAUUGAAAUUUAUGAUUGUGGCGCUUCUAUAGUGGCCUCGGCAAAACAAAUUCUGAAGGUGCAACAAGAAGAGUACGACAACUUCGACCUCCAAAAGGUUUUGGUGGUGUUUGUGAGCGAGAAAGAGAUCAGAGAGAGAGAGAAGAUGCAAAGGGUACUACCUCUUGUUCCAAAACUAUUUUUCGGAUUUUAA